AUGCCAGUAGUGAAGAAAAACUUCUGCCAAGGGAUUCCCGCCAGUAAUACCAUCACACCCUUAAAAGAUAACCGAACCUUCAUCAUUGCUCCAUACUUUGACAACAGAAAGAACAACAUGACAAGAGUGAUUGCAAUAGUCCACCACAAAGAGGUCAAGGAACUCUACUGCUGGUUCUGCCACCCAUCCAAGGGUGAAAUAUACAUCUCCAAGGCUGAAAUACAUGUCCUUUCUGAUAGAUUUGACUUUCCUUAUGGUGCCACUGACUUGCGUUGCCUAGAACCAGAAGCUUGGGAGCCACAUUAUAUGUUAAUACAUUGGUCUCCUUCUGGUGAUCCUGAUCACCUACCACUUUUUGAAAUAAGAAAUCGUGAUCAUGAAGGUUCCCUUGUGGAUUUCACAGUCUGCAUUUCCACCAUGUUUGGAGGAUACAACAAUGUCCUGCAGUUUGUGCAGAGCAUGGAGAUGUAUAAAAUUCUUGGGGUGGACAAAGUGGUGAUCUACAAGAACAGCUGCAGUCCACUGAUGGAAAAAGUACUGGACUUUUACAUUGCAGAAGGGAUUGUUGAGAUAAUCCCCUGGCCCAUUGAUUCCUACCUCAAUGUUUCUCCUCAGUGGCAUCAUGCAAUGGAUCCCAAGGACAUUGGCUACUAUGGCCAAAUCCCAGCCUUAAAUGACUGCGUCUACCGCAACAUGUACAGGAGCAAAUAUCUGCUGCUAAAUGACGUGGAUGAAAUUAUUCUGCCCAUUAAAUAUCCAGACUGGAAAACUAUGAUGCACAACCUUCAGGGCCAACAUCCAACAGCUGCUGUCUUCUUCUUUGAGAGCCAUCUUUUCCCUGAACAUGUCUUCACCCUCCAUGAUCCAUUCAACAUUUCCUCUUGGAGAAAGAUACCUGGUACCAACAUACUGCAACAUGUUUUUCGGGAACCUGAUAGCGACCCAGUCCAGAACCCUCGUAAAAUGAUCAUUGAUCCACGGAAAGUGGUCCAGCAAUCUGUCCAUAAAGCUCUCCAGGCAUAUGGAGGCGAUGUUAAUGUUCCAAUGAAUGUUGGCUUCAUGCUUCAUCACCGGGCUACUAAGCAACCAAAGCUUCCAAGAGAAUCCCUCAUUAUGGACACAAGUCUCUGGAAAUAUAAUAUGUCUUUGGUUGAGAAUGUUAAUAAAGCUCUCCAUCGAAUAGGACUGUAAGACAGGGAGUAUAGCUGAGGGGGGGUCUUACUCAUAGAUAUGCAUGCUGUUGGACAGGUUUAGUGAAGUGGAGCUGUAGAGAUAAGAGCAGUGGAAGGACAGUCUUUUAGACUAGAGCAUACCACUGACAAUGUUUUCCCUUCCCUUGUUCUAACCAAAGAGGCAUGUAAAAACUAUAAGUGAGAGAAAGUUGGUUUCACAUCUCCUCGUUCUAGCCAAUGACAGGAAUAACGGCUGUGAUGGACAUGACCAGCUGUAGCAAGUGGUAGCUCCAUUUGUGUUUUCUGUUUCUUUCUUAUAACAAUUGUGAACUAUUUUUCUUGUAGUUGUACAUUCAGAAGAAACUGUAACUUUAUUUAGUUUUAA